AUGGCCGCCAAACGAGUCGUGGUAGCGGGCGGGAACGGUUUCCUGGGGUCUAGAAUCUGCAAAUCGGCGGUCGCUAGGGGCUGGUCCGUAACGUCCCUCAGUCGCUCCGGGGAACCAAGAUGGGAUACGGUCACGGGCUCUCGAGAACGCCCGGACUGGUCGCGAUCUGUAGAGUGGGCCAAGGCAGAUAUGUUGGAUCCGAAGUCAUACAAAUCAUUCUUGAAUGGCGCUACGGUCGUCGUCCACAGCUUGGGGAUCCUGCUCGAGGCUGACUACAAAGGCGUGGUGCAAGGAAGGGAACCCCUUCUUAGUGGGUUACAGAAGGUUUUCAGCUCGUCCAGGCUAGGGAGCCAGAAUCCUCUUCAAAGACGAGAGGGCGAGGCACUGCAGGCAAACGAGAAGAAUGGGCAACUGACUUAUGAACUCAUGAACAGAGACUCUGCGAUCGCACUGGCGCAAGAGUCCUCCAAUGAACACGUCCCGACUUUUGUAUAUAUUUCAGCAGCAUCCGGGGCCCCCGUCCUUCCGAGCCGAUACAUCACGACUAAACGCGAAGCCGAAACAGCCAUAUCAUCAAACCUUCCGGAAUUGCGAAGCAUCUUCAUGCGCCCUCCUUUCAUGUACGAUUCCAGCAGGAAAUUCACGAUGCCGAUCGCAUUGGGUGGUUUUGUCGGAUCUCAGGUCAACGCACUUUUGGGUAAUAGACUCGGCUUCCUCGGAACAAUGGUGGACAAGCCCUUCCAGGUGGACACGGUUGGGGAGGCUGUGGUUGAGGCAAUGGAAGACGAAACUGUUCGAGGUGCAGUGGGAACGAAGAAGAUGGAAGCUCUGGCCACUAAAGCCUGGCGAAAGAGCAUGCUUUGA